AUGUCUGGAUCCAAUGACAAGUUGCGGAUUUUAGCGCUUCACGGUUUCCGGCAAUCAGAUAUUGUAUUUAGGAGUAAAAUAGGUUCACUUAGAAAAAAUUUCAAACAAAAAAUAGAAUUCUAUUUUGCUAGAGCACCACACGUAGUUCCACCGCUUGAAAAUAAUAAGAAGGAUGAUAAUGAAGAGAAAACUGGUGAAGAAGCUGCUGAUACUGGCGAAGAAUCAAGAGGAUGGUGGUUCAAUACGGAAGAUCUUGCAUUCAAAGCAAUUGUCCCCAGUAAUAUGUCUGUUGGUUUCGAGGACAGCUUAAAAGUUAUAGAAAAAAUCUUUCAAGAACAGGGACCAUUUGAUGGAGUAUUAGGAUUUUCUCAAGGCGCGUCAUUUGUUUCUAUUUUAUGCGCGAUGCAACAGAAAAAUUUGGGACAUCCAUCGAUAAAAUUUAAAUUUGCAAUUAUGGUGUGCGGAUUUAAAUCUUUGUGUGAACCACAUGCUAAAUUUUAUGAUGAAAAAAUAAAUUUACCGGCGUUUUUUGUUUAUGGAACUACAGAUCGAUUAAUACCUAUAGAAACUGCGGAAGCUUUAGUAAACAUGUUUACUAAUAAAAAAGUUUUCGUCCAUGACGGAGGUCAUUAUAUCGCGGGAAAAAAACAUAUUUACAAUGAUUUCUUCUCUGAAAUGUAUGCAAUUAAAAAUUCUAAUUAA